GUCAUGGUGUUGCUGUUGCUUUCCCUUCCUCACCUCCAAUCCUAUCAUCCAAGUGGUAAUUAAGCUACUUCAAAUUGUUUACUUUUUAGAUUUCGAAUUUCAAUAGGAUAUCUUUUCAGUGUUAAGUGUUAACCAUCCAUGCAUGGCAUAGAGGUUUAGUGGGGUUUGCUUUGGAUGCAUGGCUUUAUUCAAAAUUUCUGGUGAUGGUCAUCUAAGUGCUCCACUGUUCCUUUAAAUGGCAAUAAUAGCUUUCAAGAGUCCAUAUAGAUUUCAUUGUUUGUAUCUAGGAACCAAGAUUGUAUUCAACUGGGUUUAUUCCUAUAUUUCUGUACAAGAUUUAUCUAUGCUUUAAGAAAAAGGAAUUAUAGUUAUGAUCUGCAUGCAGACCUGAAGAUUGACUGUGGAGCAACCGAGAAAUGGGAGGAGAAAGGCUUCUCAAACUUCAAGUGGGAAUUGGACGAUGAGUUCAUAAAAACUGGGCAGAACAAGCUCCUCCCUACGAGGAAUAGCCAAAGAUCCAUGGAUACGCUUAGAUAUUUUCCAGAUGGAGGAAAGAACUGUUACAAUGUGGGGCUGCAUUUGCAUAACAAAUAUAUUCUUCGGGCAGGGUUCUACUAUGGCAACUAUGACAAUCUCUCAAGUCCCCCAACAUUUAAUCUUGAAUUAGAAUGGGAAAAAAUGGGCUAAUGUCACUACUUCUCUUAGUACUGACCCAGUCUUCCAUGAAGUGCUGUACUUUAUUAGGAAAAAGGAUGUCAGCAUAUGCUUAGAGCAAACACAAGGACAGGUUCCCUUCAUCUCUUCACUUGAAGCCAAGAUUCUUAACCCAGGAAUGUACAGCUACAUGGACAAUAACACCGCAUUGUACUUGGAGAGAAGGACCAACUAUGGGGCCAACCAAAGUUUCCCAGAACGCCUUUCUGAUUACUAUGAAGCCUUCAGCCGGUUCUGGAAGCCGGAGCAAGUGCAGAAUUACCGAAACUUUUUUGGGAAAAAUAAGAGCAGUACGUCAUCUGCAGAGAAUAUCCCCCCAUAUCUGGUGUGGCAGAGUGCCAUAGAAGCAAAAAAUGUAUCAGACUCCAUCUUCUUGCCUAUCAAUCUUCAUGACAAGACUCAGCUAGUGGCCUACUUUGUAUUGUAUUUCUAUGAACCGUAUCCAUGGCCACCUGCAAACGAUACGAGGAGGCUCAUUGUUUACAUAGACGGUGAAAGAAAGAACAUCACGACUGUCCCCAGAACAGAGUUAUCAGACGAUUGUGCAGUGGUGUCAGUAUACCCAGUCAAUGUUACAGGUACAGCCAACGUGACCAUAUCACCUGCUGAAGGAACCACAUUGCCACCCAUUCUAAAUGCCAUGGAAGUCUUCACCACAAUCGACUUCUCUAAGGCUGAUCUCUUGCCCCACUUCUAUUCCAUCUUUUGCGUCUGCCCUUAUCUUUUUGGAGUUGCUGUAUGGUUUAAUUGAGAUUAAUGGCGGGUUAGCUUAAA